AUGGGGCCUGAAGAGAUUGUGGUUUUAGUAACGGGUGGAUCUGGUUUAGUGGGACAGGGUAUCAAGAGUAUUAUAGAGGAUGAAAGACAACUGGACCCAAAUACACAAAAAGAGCAGUGGAUAUUUUGCGGUUCAAAAGAUGCUGAUCUAAGGAAUAAAACUGAGACUGAGGCAUUGUUUGAAAAAUAUAAGCCUACACAUGUAAUUCACCUCGCUGCUAUGGUUGGAGGGUUGUUUCAUAACAUGGCACAUAAUCUUGACUUCUUUAGAGAUAAUAUGUCCAUAAAUGACAAUGUGCUGUAUGCUAGCUAUAAGUAUAAAGUGAAAAAAGUAGUUUCAUGCUUGUCCACUUGUAUAUUUCCUGAUAAAGUUACAUAUCCUAUUGAUGAGACAAUGGUUCAUAAUGGUCCACCACAUACAUCAAAUUAUGGCUACAGUUAUGCCAAAAGAAUGAUUGAUAUUUUGAACCGAGGGUACCAUGAUCAGCAUGGUUGUAAAUUUACUUCUGUCAUCCCAUGUAAUGUCUUUGGUCCCCAUGAUAAUUUCUCUCUUACAUCAAGCCAUGUUAUCCCAGCACUUAUUCGUCGGAUGGAUGAUGCAAUGAAUAAUGGUGACUCUACAUUCUCAGUGUGGGGUAGUGGCACUCCCCUCCGUCAAUUUAUAUAUUCACUUGACAUCGCUAAGCUGUUUGUCUGGACACUACGGCAUUAUGAUAGCAUCGAACCCCUGAUAUUGUCAGUUGAUGAAGAAGACGAAGUAUCCAUUAGUAAAGCAGCCGAAGCUAUAAAGAAAGCACACGGUUUCACUGGAGAAAUUAUAUACGAUACAAGCAAAGCAGAUGGACAGUACAAGAAAACAGCGUCAAAUAAGAAGUUGCGUUUGCUAUAUAGAGACUUCACGUUCACUCCCUUCGAGCAAGCUAUACAUGAAACUGUAACUUGGUUCAAAGAAAAUAGGGAACACGUUAGACUAUAA